UUUCUAGAAGCAAACAUGGACUUCGUCAAAAUUAUUUUGUUCAUUUCUCUCAUCUGUGGCUUGCUUGCGGAGAUAAAAGUACCGGCUGGAUCCUGCGUUUCCAGGAUCGUGAAUGGGAAACUUGUCCAAGUUGGAGAUUGCAAGAAAGACGAUGGAUCCGAAAUUGCCAGAUUGAUCCAGAAAAGUCUUGAUGAGAAGAAAAGAGCUGAACUUAAAUGUGACGUCACAUAUAAGUUAAAAUGCUACCGAGCAGUUGUGUACGACGCAAAAAACGUCACCUUCAAUGAUGCCGAACCAAUCUGCAAAUCGAUGAACGGAAAUCUCGCAAAUGUUUACGACGGCGCGCAUCUCCAGCUGUGGCGCACUUAUCUUUACCCACUGAUACCUGCUGGUCAGACAUGGAUUAACAUCUGGACAGGGAUGGAGUAUAAGGACAAUCAGCUUUUGCUGUCAAAUGGAGAACCGAUCACUAAUGCAACAGAAGUGUGGGAUCCUCAUUAUCCCGAUUCCGAUACAUCGCGGACGAAUGUUGCUGUUAUUGUCGUUAAAAAUGCAGCGUCUGAAUAUCAAGGAUUGGGAAAUAUAGACCCAGGAUGGGUGCGCCACGGUGUCAUCUGUGAAAUAUAAAACCAGCUCAAAACCUGACAGAACGUCGUUGACGGACUGAAUGAUAUGAACGACAAAUAGUUGAACUUUUUCUCGUUUCGUUACUAUUACUAACCAAUGCCUUGAAUUGGUCGCCUUGUCUAUUUGAACUUUUUGCUUAGUAAAUAAAUUUAUAGUUUUCUGUAUAUACCCAAACAUGAUAAUAAACAUUGAUU